GUCAUGAUCAAUUUAAAUUGUGCUGUCUCUCUGUCUCUUUCUUUGACUGUGAUUCUACAUUUCUAAUCUUUGGGAUCCCACCAGAACGACCGACUCGUCAUGCGUGUUGAAGAUGGUUUCCAGCCAAUUCCAUACUUGGAACAAAAUCCGUACACUACAGACCUAGUGAUAUCUUCGCUCUUGAGACGACUUGUUCCAGAGCAGACGUUGGCUUCUUUCGAACCUGACCUCGUCCGUUUUGGAGAUGAGGUUAUAACCACCAUCCGUGAAACAGGUGCACCACAUCGCGUCACCGCUCCUGAACUGGUACAGUACGACCAGUGGGGCAAACGCAUCGAUAGAUUGCAAACCAGUCAAGGUUGGAUAGACCUCAAGGCUGCUGCACAAAGAGAAGGGAUCCCCGCAAUCUUCUAUGAGCGCAAGUAUAAUGAAUACAGUCGACUGUAUGGAUUUGCCAAAGCCUUUCUGAUGGUAGGAUACAGCCACGUAGUCUUCUGCCCACUCAGCAUGACUGACGGUGCGGCCCGGAUAAUAGAGCUUUUGGGAACACCCGGAAUGAGGGAGCAUCUUUUACCCAGGCUCGUAAGUCGGGAUACAUCUUUCGCAUUUGUUUCCGGACAAUGGAUGACAGAGCGUUCCGGCGGUUCUGAUGUGUCACAAACCGAAACAAUCGCUCAACCCAUGGGAGAUAAUCAUGUCCUGGGUCCCCGAUAUCUUCUCCAUGGCUUCAAGUGGUUCUCUAGUGCUACAGACAGCGACAUUUCUAUGGCACUUGCCCGAACAGGCAGCCUUGAAGAAGGAUCUCGUGGCCUUUCACUGUUUCUAAUACCCCUCAGGCGUCCGCUGCUCCGAGAUCCAGCCAAACCUACGCCUUCACCCACCAGCAAUGGAAUCCGUGUUCAUAGGUUAAAGAACAAGAUCGGAACUCACACACUUCCUACUGCAGAACUCUCAUUGGAGGAAACCGAGGGCUAUCUUGUCGGUAAACUCGGUCAAGGCGUUCGUAGUAUAACCCCAAUCUUGAAUAUCACUCGAGUUUGGUCGGCCCUCGGGUCUGUAGGAGCCCUUCGUCGGUGCCUUUCGAUCAGCACGGCUUUCGCAGAGGUCCGUACAAUCGAUGGAGGAAAAACUCUGCUCAAAAAUGUUCCCCUCCACGUCGCUCAACUGGCGAAAAUCAGUACAACAUAUCGUGCACUCGCCCAUCUCACUUUUGAGGUCGUUAGGCUCCUGGGAAAAUCGGAAUGCAACACAGCUUCUCAAGCAGAGAAAGCUCGUCUCAGAUUACUGACUCCACUGGUGAAAGCCUUUUGUGCAGAAUUAGCGGUGGCUUCAAUGGAAGAAGCCAUGACGACUCUUGGGGGUGCUGGAUAUAUGGAGGAAAACGACAUGGGUCGUUUGAUUAGAGAUUCAUUAGUCGAGAAGAUAUGGGAAGGAACAACCACGGUACUUUCCUUGGAUCUGAUCAGGGCUUCCCGAGAUCCGUCCACCCUUCAAGCUUAUUUCGAGUGGGCGGAGGCUGUGGUGGCUUCAUGCCCACCACAGUUCAAAGACUUACCUCAGCUCCAGCUCUUGGUUUCGGGUUUAAAUCAUCUCUCUUCAACUUACGAAAAUCCCAUCCCAACUCUCAUGCCGCGGCCUGCGCUGAUGCUGAUGGGCUAUACAACUUCGAGCCUGCUUUUACUCGAGCAUACGAUAUGGUCAUCCACAACCAUGCAGCCGGAAAGAGAGACCGACAUCACGGUGCUUUGUAGGUGGAUUGAAGAGGGCGGUUUAUCUAGUGCGAUUGAGGAUGUCAAGCGUGUUGAGAAGAAUUCGCGCAAUCGAGAAAUUGAAGACAGUGCCAUUGUCUUUGGAAGAGCGGUUAACCCGAAACUGUAA